GCAGACAUAUUAUAAUAUGUCUGCUCUCAUCUCACUGUAAAAUUAGCUAUAGUUUGUACUGCAGCAGUUGAUGACGUCUUUAACCAGUUUAGUUUUUACGGCAUUUAAGUUCACGUACAGCCGGUACCGGUACAAACGGUACAGUGGGAUAAACUUACUGCGAAUACAUUGUACAUGUAAGGAACGCUGCACAGAAAAUAUUAACAAUUAGUUCAGAUAUUAUUCAAGUCUGUGAUAUUUCUCCUUAAUUAUCCCAAUCGUGGUGAUCGUUUCCCACACCAUAAGAAACAACAACCACGGACCUGCUUAGCCUGCGAUGCUUUACUGUGCAAUCUGCAUUUACAAGCGUCGCACUAUCAUAUAUAGAAACCCUGCAUAAUAAAGAUUGAUUUGAUUCAUUCAGGAGUGAUAAUUAAUGUGAGCUGAAAGUAGUGCAGCACACUGCACGGAAUACUCAUCAUGGAAAGCAAAAUCUAUUUCCAUUAGGAUACUUCUGCUUUAAUCUGUAAACGGACCAGCCAUAUCUGUAUUUCUGAUUGGUGAAAGAGUUUUCCUAUCGGAUACUGCAAGAAGUAACUGACAUGGACCACAGCCAAGUUGCUACUCCUGGAAAUCUUGAUAUCGCAACUUUUCCACUUAGUGUCAGAGCGUCGGAUAACCACUUCUCACGAUUGCAGCGCAGUCAGUCGGUUAAGGUUAAAGAUAUUGUUCCUGCCGGUUUCCAGGAUGAUUUCAUGGCCACAUUUGAACGAAUGGACGCCAUGUUUGACGAAAUUGACAACAUAAUGCGGAACAGCGUGCGAAAGCAAAAUGUCUUAGCGCACACAUACAGCGCGACGUCUGUUAUGACAUACGUAAAUAAUGGAAACGGACCACCGAAAAUCUAUCAAGCUUCUAGCAGCACAUGUUCAGCACCUGGCGGGAUUCGACAAACCCGAAAAAUUAUUCGCGAUUCGCACAGUGGCAUUGAAAAAGUAACCAAUGGAUUUCACAUAGGAGACCGAGCUCGCCUCACCGAAAGAUCAAGAAAUCACCGAACCGGACAGCAAGACGAAGAAGUUGAGUUCAUUAACAUGAAUGAAGAAGAUGCGGUAGCCUUUCAGAAUGAAUGGAGAAGGAAGACCUGUAGUGCAUCAACUGAUCUUAGGAACCGGUACCAAAAACAGCCUGUGCACAAUGAGAAACUGCCCUUUUCGGAAGCUUUUGCAAAUAAUUCUAAUCCUUACCAUAAACUACCGGCACUAACGUAUAAACCCGGCGAUGAUGCGAUGCAAAAAAGAAAGCCAACUUCAAUGUGAAAAUAACGAUCUCUCUGUGAAAUUUAUACUACACCCGUCUGUGACAAAAUUGAAAUGCGAAAUGGUUUAUUAGUCACUUUUUAACUAACCAGUAAGUAUCUAUACGUAUGCUAAACGAUUACGCAAUAUUUAAUAAGUGAUAUCAGUGGUGUAACACAUAACCAUAAGUAUUUUGUGCAGCUGGUUACCAGCGAUCGCGAUGUCAAACGUUUCGUAUGGAACGAUGUUGUACUAAAUGAAAAUACACUUGACUGAAAGCCAAAGCCCAAUAAAAACCGCUUUUGUUUG